AUGUUACAGAAACUGCAGGCUACUGAUUGGUUUCCUGUCCUUGCUGAAAAUGAUAUCAACAUCGCUAUUGACAAGUUUUAUUGUAUCGUCCAUGAAGAGUUCAAGAACAGCUUUCCCUCUAUACGGGUAAAAAUGUCAUCGAAAGACCCUUUCUUUAUGUCGCCUUUGUUAAAAAAUCUUCUGUCUAAAAGGAAUAAGCUUCUGAGGAAAGGGAUGGUACAGGAGGCUGGUUUCUUGCAACCGAGAAUUAUCCAGCUUAUUAAAGAGAAUCAGUUGAAUCUGACUAAGGUUAACAAGCAAAACAUGACAUGGGCAGCAAAUCUUGGCGGGAGGUGA